ACCCAGCAUGGCAGGAAGAACUGAAGAUGACGCCCAAAAACUUCGUCCCAAAACUUCCACAGUUUGGGAACAUUUUAACGAAAACAAGCCAACAAAGCAAGUUAAGUGCAAGCUAUGUGACGCCCAGCUUUCAUACCAUGGAAGCACGACGGCGAUGCAUGAGCAUCUGAAACGCCGACACCCCGGAGCCGUAACACCUACACGUGCCGCAGAAAGUAGUUUUAAGCAGAGACGUGUGGAUGAGUUUGUCAUGACAAGAGGUUCAUGCACCCCCCAAAUGGCUACAGUCCUGACACAGAGCAUCCUUAACAUGAUUGUGACUGACAUGAGACCAAUAGCCAUGGUUGAAGAUGAUGGCUUCAAGCAGAUGAUCCAGACCUUUCAUCCAGGCUACACCUUGCCAUCCAGAACUCAUUUUACCAAACUGAUUGAAGAAAAGUAUGAGACUGUUGUCAGUGACAUAAAGGCAACUCUUAAAUUAAUCAACAAGAACAAGAUUGCCCUCACAGCUGAUGCCUGGACAAGCAUUUCCACAGAGGCAUAUCUUGGCAUCACAUGUCACUUCAUAAGUGAUGACUGGGAGCUCACAAGCCUCUGUCUCACAACCAUGCCACUAGAAGAGCGACAUACUGGAUCAAACAUUGCUGCAUGGAUUGAGGAGGCCAUGGCAAGGUUUGAGAUAUCUGAAAGUAAUAUUGUGGCUCUUGUCCAUGACAAUGGCUCCAACAUUGUCCUGGCUGCAAACAUUCUGCAAGAAAAACAUGGGUGGAUGUCAAUCCGCUGCGCAGGUCACACUUUGCAAUUAGUGAUCAAUCGUGCUCUAAAACACCCUCAGAUCAUAAAAACACUGGGAGCAGCAAGAUGUCUUGUUGAGCACUUCAGAAAAAGUGAACUAGCUUCAAGCAAGCUGAGGGCCAAACAGAAACAGAUGGGGACCCCAGAACAUAAACUUAUCCAAGAUGUCUCUACCAGGUGGAACAGCACCUUUUACAUGGUCACCCGUUUGCUGGAACAGAGAUGGCCGCUGACUGCAACACUGUCUGACCCAACAGUCACGCAGAGUAAUAAACAGUACCUUGACCUGAAAGCAGAUCAGUGGCUCCUGCUAGAGGAACUGGCUAAAGCUCUUGAAGCCUUUGAAUGUGCCACAGUCUACUUGAGUAGUGAAAGUUAUGUGACAGUUUCUGCUCUCCCUCCUCUGGUCAGAGGGCUUUUGAAGUCCACACACACCACCUAUGAUGCAGCUCCUGUGCAGGCCUUUCAGGCAGUUGCUUCAGAGGAGACCACUGUACGCUGGACUAAUGAGGUCACAGUCACACGUGAACCAUGCACACAGGUCAUCGCAGCAGCCUUAGAUCCACGAUUUAGUAAACUGAAAUUUCUGACCCCAGAGGAUAGGUUCACUGUUCAAAAAAAAGUCCAAGCUCUGGCCCUGCAAUCCAUCCAAGGGGCUGAGAAGAAAAAUGCCAGUGAGGCUGACAAAAGCCUUGCCUCAGCUGAGAGAACUUUUUCAGCUCUAGAUUCACUGCUGGCCUGUGACUCCUCAACAGACAGUGACACUGAGACCAAUGAACAGGAUGCUCAAAACCAGUCUAUCACCAAUGAGAUACUGAUGUACUUCGGACAGCAGCCUCUUUCCAAGACUGAGAGUCCGCUUUCUUGGUGGAAGUCUAAUGAGGCAAAGUAUCCAACCCUUGCAUCACUAGCCAAGUCAUUCUUGUGCAUUCCAGCUACCUCUACACCAUCUGAGCGUCUCUUCUCUGCAGCUGGAAAUAUCGCCUCAAAGAAGAGAGCCAGCCUCACACCUAAGCAUGUUGACAUGCUUACGUUCCUGCACUGCAAUUUGCAUAAAAAAAAAUAGAUAUUUCCCUCAGUUAUGUUGGCUUUAAGCUUUGUUGACAGUUGGGACUUUACAAGAAAAAAAAAAUUCAAAAUUCAUCUUUUGUUUUUAUGUAUUUUACUUUUAUGGGCUUAAUUUUGCUUUUAUGUAUUUUACUUUUAUGGGCUUAAUUUUGCUUUAAGUAAAAGCAACUCCUUAAACCUAAUUACCUCCUCAACCUGCAAGGUAGGCUACCUGCACCUUUUUGAUAUACUUCUUGAUAAAAAGUUUUUGUUUACUACCUUGCACUUUAAGUUUGUACAAUUUAAUUAUUUUUGUUGUGGUCAAAGUGGUAUUUUAAAUUGAAAAAUAUAUUUUACUUUUAUGGGCUUAUUUGCUUUAAGUAAAAGCAAUUCCUUGGUUGAUUUAAAACCAAUUACCUCCUCAACCUGCAAGGCAGGCUACCUGCACCUUUUUUUUGAUACUUCUUGAUAAAGAGUUUUUGUUUACUACCUUGCACUUUAAGUUUAAGUUUGUACAAUUUAAUUAUUUUUGUUGUGGUCAAAGUGGUAUUUUAAAUUGAAAAAUAUAUUUUACUUUUAUGGGCUUAUUUGCUUUAAGUAAAAGCAAUUCCUUGGUUGAUUUAAAACCAAUGACCUCCUCAACCUGCAAGGCAGGCUACCUGCACCUUUUUUUUGAUACUUCUUGAUAGAGUUUUUGUUUACUAUCUUGCACUUUAAGUUUGUAAAUUGUACAACUUUAAGUUUGUACAAUUUAAUUAUUUUUGUUGU